AGAUAGUAGAAGAAGAAGUAAGAAAAAGAAAGCACACGAGAUUAGAAACGAACACACACAGCAGAGCAGAGCACGCUUUUCUUACCCAAACACAUUCCUUUCCACGCAUCUUCUUCUUCUUUUUAUCUCUUCUCACUCAGAUAGACUCAUCAAUAUCUCGCUCUUCUAUUCUAUCUCGUGACUCUCUCUCUCUCUCUUUCUCUCUCUCUCUCUUCACAUAAAUCAAAAUCUAACUAACUAUCUGUUACAGUUCAAUUCUACAUGAUUUUGAUUUUCCACCACCAUGCGUUCCCCUGAUCCACUCCGCAACGGCGUCGACAACAACCGUUCACCCUCCGCCCCUCGCUUCCACUCCACCGUCGCCGAACACAAACUCCGCCGCUUCAAUUCACUCAUCCUCGUUUUCCGUCUCACUUCCUUUUCGUUCUCACUCGCUUCCUCCAUCUUCAUGCUCACCACUUCUCGCACCUCCGAUUCUCCUCACUGGCACCACUACGACACCUUCAGAUUCGUUGUUGCUGCUAAUGCGAUUGUAGCUAUAUAUUCUCUAUUCGAAAUGUGCGCUUCCGUUUGGGAAAUUUCAAGAGGUGCAACGCUUUUCCCCGAAGUUUUGCAAGUUUGGUUUGAUUUUGGCCAUGACCAGGUGUUCGCAUACCUUCUACUAUCGGCGAGUGCGGCGGGGACGGCGAUGGCGAGGACGCUUAAGGAUAUGGACACGUGUACGGUGAGCAAUUCGUUCUGCGUGCAAACGGAUAUAGCAAUAUCGUUAGGAUACGCGGCGUUUCUGUUUCUAGGGUUUACUUCGCUGUUAUCUGGUUUUCGUCUCGUUUGUUUCAUAAUCAACGGUUCUCGUUUUCAUCUCUGAUGAACCUUUUCUAAGAAGUUUUGCGUGGAAACGACGUCGUAGAUGAAUGAAUGAAUGACGGGGAAUAUUUGUGUGGGGGGUCAGAACUCAGAAGCAUUCUUUUCUUGGUACUCUCAAUUGGAUGUGAUUUAAUUUGGACGGACAUGAUUGCAGAAGAACUUGAGUUGAAUAUAUGCGCGUGACUUUGAAUUUUGAGCUUAUACUAUAAAUUAUUGUAGUAAAAGUAUUUGUAACACCUAUUUUAUUCCAAUAAUUCCAUUGAUUUUUCCACUUAAUAA